GGAGAAUUAAUUAAACAAUAAUAAAUACAGGAAAACCAAACCCAUGUAUGUGGGGUCUAAGCGUCAGUGAGAAGAGAAUAAAAGAAGAGAAUAACCUGACGCAAAUUUCUUAGCUUUUCACUCACAAUUCCCAAAAAUCCCAAUCCUUUUCAAUUUCAAUGUCUUACCAAGUCCGCGAAAAUCUCUUCAUCAGCAACAUCAACCACGCCGCAGAAAUUCUUCAAAACGGCACCGUUCCACCACACAACAUCACUCACAUCCUCUCCGUUCUCAGUUCCGCUUCCAUUUCCUUCUUCACCGAAUGGCGUUCCACUCUCUCCAUCUCCGUUAACCAGAUCUCCCAACUUCAUGUCUCCGACCUCCCUACCGCCGCCAAGUCCGCUCUCUCUCCGGACAAACUCAUCUACUCGCUUGAAUACGCCGGUAAAGACCUCAAACUCGUCAGAAUGGCGGUUCCGUUGAAAGAUACAGAGAGUGAGAAUUUGUUGGAUCAUCUUGAAGUUUGUAUCGAUUUCAUUGAUCGGAGUAGAAAGGAAGGUUCUGUUUUGGUUCACUGUUUUGCUGGUGUUUCUAGAAGUGCAUCGGUUAUUACGGCUUAUUUGAUGAAAAGUGAAAAUCUGUCACUAGAAGAUGCCCUUGAAUCAUUAAGGCAGAGCUGUGAAUUUGUUUGCCCCAAUGAUGGUUUUCUAGAACAGUUGAAAAUGUUUGAGGAGAUGGGUUUCAAGGUUGAUCAUUCUAGUCCUGUGUAUAAGCGCUUUCGCCUGAAAACACUAGGCGAGAAUCAUCACUCAGGGUUGAGGAUAGACAGUUCUAAACUUGGUGAAGAUCCUGGCAUGCCUAGUGAAACUUCUUCAGAGGUGGAAGGAGCUACUAAAGUAGAAAAUAAUCGUAGCCCUACCUAUCGCUGUAAGAAGUGCCGUCGGAUUGUUGCAUUGCAAGAGCAUGUCAUAGAUCAUAUUCCUGGUGAGGGUGAGACAUCCUUUGGUUGGCACAAGUGGAGAAGCGGCAAUCCUUUUAACAAGUCAAAUGAAUCUGAGUGUUCUUCCAUAUUUAUUGAGCCUCUACGAUGGAUGAAAGAUGUUGAGGAAGGCGCAUUGGAGGGAAAGCUGUCCUGUGCUCAUUGUGAUGCCCGUUUGGGAUACUUCAAUUGGGCAGGCAUACAAUGCAGCUGUGGAAGCUGGAUAACCCCAGCUUUUCAACUCCACAAAAGUCGGGUAGAUAUAAGUCCUGUGUAACUCUUCCACUUUAUACAUCCUCAUUCCGCGAUAAGGGAUGCCAUUACUUUUUCCAAUGUUCUUGGAAUAGCAUUCUUCUCAAGUUUUCCAAGCUGGUCUACUGCAAAUUAAGUUUUGGAAUGAAAGAUCAAAGUCUAUUUCCUCAGACCUGCUCAAGUAUUCGAGGCUAAAUCAAUGCUGGUUGAGAGGAAUGUAGUAUUUUGCACCUUUUUUGCUUGGUACAAAAUGAUUUUUAGGAUCUAUAAUUGGAGAUUAAGGAUUAUGCAUUUCUAGUACAUGGUGAGGCAUGAGUUGGGUUUCUAAUGUUGCUAGUUUCCCCAAUGAUUGAUGGUCAUUAUAGGAUACUAGAUUAAGGAUUAUGCUUUUUACCCCGAUGAUUGUACUGUCCAUGUAUCUGGUUUUCUCUAUACUAUUUAUUUUCAAAAUUUUCUCUUUGGUUAAAAUAGACCGGCUACGCUGAAAUCCACACACAUCUUAUAUGGAUUGAUACAUCUGCAAUGCCUUGAAUAUACAGAUAUUUUAAUUCCUAAGCAA